GCAGUGGCGGGCUCCUCCAAAGCGGUGUUGGCUGUGAGCGGUAAUGGCGGCGGGGUGCGGCGGGCGGCUGCGGGCCUGUGGAGGAGCGGCGGUUGAGGAGAGCCCGUGAAGAGACGUUUGAAUUAUAAUAAGGCCCGGUGAAGGUGAGGGCGGCUGCAGCCAUGGCCAUGCAGGUGCAGUUCGAGGCGAGCGCGGACACAUCUGCAGAAGAGGAGAGCUUUGGCCCAGAGCCCAUAUCUAGGCUAGAGCAAUGUGGUAUAAAUGCAAAUGAUGUGAAGAAAUUAGAAGAAGCUGGAUAUCACACUGUUGAAUCUGUUGCACAUGCACCCAAGAAGGAGCUGUUAAAUAUAAAAGGCAUCAGUGAAGCCAAAGCUGAUAAAAUCUUGGCUGAAGCAGCUAAACUGGUUCCGAUGGGUUUUACCACAGCGACGGAAUUCCAUCAGCGGAGGUCUGAAAUCAUCCAGAUCACCACUGGGUCCAAAGAACUUGAUAAACUUCUUCAGGGAGGAAUAGAAACAGGGUCCAUAACUGAAUUAUUUGGGGAGUUUCGUACUGGAAAAACACAGCUGUGCCAUACUUUGGCAGUAACCUGUCAACUUCCCAUUGACCGAGGAGGUGGGGAAGGAAAAGCCAUGUACAUCGACACUGAAGGCACCUUCCGUCCAGAACGUCUUCUUGCUGUGGCUGAAAGGUAUGGCUUGUCUGGCAGUGAUGUCCUGGAUAACGUGGCAUAUGCUCGAGGCUUUAACACAGAUCACCAGACCCAGCUCCUCUAUCAGGCAUCUGCCAUGAUGGCUGAAUCAAGGUAUGCGCUGCUGAUAGUGGACAGUGCAACAGCUCUGUAUCGGACAGAUUACUCUGGGAGAGGUGAGCUGUCAGCAAGGCAGAUGCAUCUGGCCAGAUUCCUGCGUAUGCUUCUCCGACUUGCAGAUGAGUUUGGUGUGGCUGUUGUGAUCACUAACCAAGUGGUGGCCCAGGUAGAUGGAGCAGCCAUGUUUGCAGCAGAUCCCAAGAAACCUAUUGGAGGAAAUAUCAUAGCCCAUGCUUCCACCACGAGGCUCUAUCUACGAAAAGGCCGAGGUGAAACCAGAAUAUGUAAAAUUUAUGACUCUCCUUGCCUUCCUGAGGCUGAAGCAAUGUUUGCUAUUAAUGCUGAUGGAGUGGGGGAUGCAAAAGAGUGAAGACUUCAUUUCGUUCCUCAUAUAAACUGAGACUGGGUGGCCAGAAAGGGCUUGUGUGGCUGAAGCUUUCCCAAUGCAGCUGCUGUUCAAAUGCUGGCCGAGGAUUCUGUUGUAUUUCAGCAUACAUGUCCAUCAGGUGAAUCCAAUUUGAGACACGUCUGCAGGCAUUGCUUGGAAGAGAUUGUUCCUCCUGGGCUUUAGUCACGUGUUAAGUUAAUGUGGUUUCUUGAGCAUAUUUUCAAAGGACCACGUGCUUGAAGUUCUCCUCACAGCUGUUGCUCCUGUUGAAUUCUACAGGUGGACGUAGCACAGUGAUCCAAAAAUGUGUGGCAAUAGUUUGUAGUAAGUCAGGUAAGAAAAGCGGUGGCUUGAGAACGUAACGGGUUGCCUUAAUAAUUAAUUACAAAAUAAAGCAGAAUAGCAUUCCACAAAAAGAAUGUGUGAAUGUGGCUGUGAUUGAGGUUA